GGUUAAAGUAUAAAUAAAAUAAAGAACUUGUUUGGAAAUCCAAUCAAGACCCAGGUGGAGUCCAAGAGCCGAUCUAUCUCCGCUCAUCAUCCUCCUGCUUCCGCCGAUCUUCUGAAACUUCACUCCAUAGUCAACCCAAGUUCUGUGUCAACGCAGGCGUUGUUAAUAAGAUUUCGGCUAAAUGGUAUAUACACCCUGCUUCAUCUGAUUCCGCAAUCGAUAAUGGAGGCAUCUCAACCAGGGCAGAGCGGCUCUGUUAAGAAUCACCAUCGCCAAACCAGAUCCGAGGAGCUGCUGAAUGUGAAUGUGAAUAAGCCACAGGGUUGGUCUGCCAAAAAGAUGAACCUAUUGCUUGAGCCGAAUGUGGAUGCACAAGGUACACAUCUCCAACAUGCCUCAUAUCUAUGUAUAAACAGAGACAACUUAGUCAAAUUUAGACAGGAACUGGGCACACAAAUUCAAAAAAAGCUAAAAAGAGGGAACACAAGAAGGCUAGGGGAUAGGGUCGGGGCCGGCUUGAGGGUUCAUUGGCGCGGCAUCUUGCCGCCUUACAAACUAUGGUUUGAUUAUGAGAUAUGAUAUUUUGACACCAUUUUUAUAUGACAUUGUUCUUACUCUGCACUAUUACUUUGAUAUAGAAUGUAUUCAUACAACACACUUCGGAUGAUAUAAACAUACAAGCACAUGCACCAUCCUAAAAAAGUUCACAAUAAUUAGUGACUUUUUGUUUUGCUUCAUUAAUACUUCAUAUUUUUACACAUUUUAGAUGCGUCGGUUUUAGAAAGUCAUUAGAAAAAGCUUGAGUUGGCUUCCAAUUGUUUUGAAAUAUUAAGAGGAAGAUCUUUGUGUUAGAUUCUUGGUAUAUCUCAAUCUUAUGGUGGGUUUUAUAUGAUCACAUUGCACAUGAAAGUUAAUGGGUAAAAAAUGUUAAACAAAAGUGUUGUCAAAAUAUCAUAUGUGUAUAGACUAAGAUUGAAAGGAGUUAGAUGGUGGAGAUUAAAUUUAAAUCAUGCAUCUAUUGUGUUUCUUGUAAAUUUUAUACAAUUGCUUGCUUCAAAUGAUGCUUUUUUUUUGCGUGUGAGACACUAAUUUAGUUUAUUGGUUGGUGAUUGUAAAAAUGGUCUAGACUGGACUUUUUUUAGGUUGUUGAUUUCUACAAACGAUGAUGUUGCCACUAAUCGUUACAAGUGUAAGAUUCGUCACAUGAAACCUUAUUACGGGAAGAAAAAUGUUGAAGUGGAUUAUCAUUCUGUAGCUACUGGAGUCGGAGUUGUAAGUAAACCCUGAAUUAUAUACGGCAUCAUUCUUCGACACUUCUAUGUUUCAUGAUUGUUUAUGCUUGGGUACUGGAUUGGGAGGAAGGUUGGGUAGGGUUAGAGACUUAAUUUCUACAGAUUGUCUCUCUGAUUAUGCCACAAGAUUUUAUCCUAUGUAAACCACUAUGUUCAGUGUGCAUUGAGUGGUAUUGUCCCUUGAAUGCAUAACUUGCUUGGCGGCCUUGAAAUCAUGUUAGGCUGUUAAGCCCUCAGUUCUUAGCCAGACUUUGAUUGUAAUAUUUUUGUUUAGUUUUAUUUAGGAUACCAGUGUGCUUGUAGAAUGUGAGAUUUGUGUUAUAAAAAAUAAAUAAAAUAAGUUGGGAAUUGUUUUUUCCACUAUAGUGUUUUUUAACCUUUGGUUUACACUAUCUAUUGGAGUAUCAAAAAAUGAAUAGUAUAUUGCAUAUAGUGUAAAUUUUACCAUAUACACUAUGGGUUGGAGAUGCUCUCAAUGGAACAAUUUACAAUCGUGAGGCCCUCCUAAAAAAUUAAUGUCAAACUACAUGAAGGGAGGUGAACAACACUAGAAGUGCAAGGGAAGUGGAAGAAACUACCAAUCAAAAGGGCUUCCAGAAAGGUUUUGGGUUUUGGUCCAGUCCUGUCAAAAACUGAAAUAUUUUUGGUUCAGACAGAAUGAUAUAAACAUAAAGGAAAAUGCUAGGGGUACACCAAAGGUGUACCCUAAAUAUCCCCCACCCCCUCCUUGUCCACAAAAAUGGGCAAGAAAAUUCAAAAAAAUAA